AGUCGAGUGUCGUGUAUUUUGUUUCUGCAGACCGUUUGUACAAGUCAGGGCAAGCAUUCCGGUUAGUUUCUAAUGCAACCCACCCACUGAUCGUUGAUUAAAUGUAAUGCAGGUAAAGCAACAGGCGAGAACCUGCAAACGUCCCGUGCUGUUAUAGUAGACUUAAACGGAGACGCUCCGGGUAGCAUAGCUCUGCCAUGCGGUAUUAAUCGGGUAGCGGGUAGCUUAUCAGUGAUCGUGGCAGCAGCGCUGUGAUUGUAACAGCGGCGUGCCUGUGUCUGCAAGCACGUCUGAAGGUAGCUGAAAAGCGGCAGACCCACCCGCAGACCCACCCGCUAAAAGGGGUACAGUGUAAGGGCACUGCAUUGACUGUGUGUGCUCUGUGGCUCCGUCCCGCUUCAGACAUGGCAGCAGACUUUUAAUCAACGGUACGUGUCUUAUCAAACGACUGUACAUUGGGCUGACCGGCCAAACAGCACCGAGAGACACAUGCAGCCUACCUGGCUGAUGCUUGAGACUAAAAAUCAUAUCCACUAAACGUUCUUCAAUUAAAAAAAAAACAACAUCACUGUGAACUUCGUAGGGCCACAUAUCCUACAAACGACUGUUCGACAACUUAAUGUCGUUUCAGUUGUUUUCAGUCUGCCUGUCGAUCGGAUCGUGGUGUUAAACCCUUGCCUUCAAUAAACUCUGUGGGCCUCCUGUAAAACCUUUGUGAAAACGCCGUUCAAGAAUGGACCAUUCUUUACAAGAUUUUCCACCUGGUGUAUAAGCUUCACACCUGGGGUGACCGACAUGCAAAGUCUGAAACACUGACAAUGACCUUCGUACCCGAGAUACAUGAAGGUGAGGUCCACACAAUAUACAGGUGGUAGAGGACUAACUGUAGCGUGGGUACCAAGAGUCACUGGCCGAACACUCUGACAAUGGCGACUGCGUGUCGUGAUCUCCUUUUGUGGCACUGGACCUCGUGAGUUUGGGUUUAUUUCACGCAGAGUACCAUGAGGUGUAAGGAACGGCUUCGUGCGAUCAGUUAAUCAACGGAUAGAUAGAAGCGAAGAUGGAAGACGAGGAAGUUUCUCCGCUACAAACACUUUCAGGGACGCAGACUGAGCAUUCUGAUGCCGAACCAUCGCCUAAAGAGGAGCAGGAAGCGAUUCAAGAGGAAGAUACUCUGGUCGACAAUGGUGCAACAGGUGGCGCUGACGUCGCAGCGAUCGCUACCUCCCGGCCAGAGUCUAAAGGACCGCGCAUGCCCACUCUCCAGUCUCGCGCGGCGCUAGCCCGCACACCUAGUCACGUGAUGAGUCCGCGGCAAGCAGACGACAGCGAAGUCGUGCAGCAUCCGGAACCAGAGUCGCAGGUGCUCAUCACUGAAGUACAGCCAGACGUCGACGUCUCUGAGGAAGAAUCCGAGGAGCCAGCCUCCGACGAGCAAUCGCUCAGGGAUUUCAUCGGUCAGAUCACCAUAGAAACUGUCGAAACCAAGACGGCGGAUGAAGACUUCGAUACAGAUUUAGAAAACGAAGAUGAUGAUGAGGAGGAGGACAAGGUCAGAGGAUACUACCACACCGUCUGUCACCAACUAAACGUUGUGCCUGUCUCCUACUUCCUGCGUCACAUCAACGACCCGGUCAUCACCAUGCGCUACCACGGCCUUGACCCCGCAUCCACCAUGGCCAUCGCACUGGCACUGAAGGACAACAUAACGGUGGAGAGACUGGACCUUGGAGGUAACUGGAUGAGCCCUGAGGGUGGUAUGGCUAUUUGUCGACUCUUGGAGGAGAAUGACUACAUCACAGAAAUGGGACUGGCGGAGAACAAGCUCGGCAAUGCAGGAGCAGAAUACGUCUGUCGCAUGCUGCUGGCCAACGGAGGGCUCCGCAAACUGAACCUGAUGGGCAAUGAAUUCGACGACAAAGCUGCCCAGUUUUUUGCCGAGGCGCUGGAGAACAAUAAAUACCUCAGGGAGUUGGACUUGAGUCACAACAGGUUUACUGAGAUUGGAGCGGACAUCAUUGGACAGGCUCUUGGUGUCAACGAGAAUUUAGACGUCCUCGACCUGAGCUGGAACAUGCUGAGACACAAUGGCGGAGCAGCGAUUGCUAGAGGACUGAAGGAAAACGUGCGGCUGAAAGUUCUCAAUCUCUCCUGGAACGGUCUGGGUCAAGAAGGAGGUGCGGCAGUCGCGGAUGCCUUGAUGGUCAACCAAGCCCUGACAGAGCUGGACCUGACCGGCAACAGACUGAGUCUUGACACGGCCAAACGCAUGGCCAAGGUACUGGCCGGCAACGACACCAUCAAGAUCCUGAAGAUGGGAGACAACCUGCUGACGUCGGCCGGCGCCAUUGCUCUCAUGACGGCGGUCAACAGCUCCGACAGCUGCGAGCUGGAAGAACUGGACUUAACGGACGUGGAGGUGGAGUAUGAGUUUUUGAGGGUUGCCGAGGACACCAAGAUGAAGCGUCCGAACUUCGUGGUCAAGCACGGUCCGGUCAUGCGAGCAGGCAAUACCCUCGACGAUCUGGGCAAGCCCGGCAUUGACCCGUUUAAGAAGAAGAAGGAACCUGUGGUGAUUCUGAACGAACACAUCGUGGUCAACGACCUGCGGCUGGUGGACAUUCUCCAGCGCUACGAUCCAUCCGGGGCCUUCAGCGUCACGCCUGAGGACUUCCUGACGGCUCUCGAGGAGUUAGCUGUACCGUUUGACAAGGAGAAGUUAAAGGAAGCGGUGUACAGACAGGCAGCUAACCAGUCUGGGAGGAUUUAUUUUGGAGAUCUCUCGUCCCAGCAGAAGGAAGACAUGCCCGUCCCUUCGUAAUAGCAGGUGCUUGGGAGUCAGGCUUCACCAGACGCCAUAGUGAUGUACACUGUACAGUGCACACUGCUCAUGCAUUCAAGAUAGACACUACACCACGGUGUUGAACAGUGAACGCUGAAUUAAUUUCGCACAAUGAGCAUUGAAAGUUUUCUCCGACCAGCAGCUGAAAACUGAAGAUAUCUAACCUUCCCAUUCAAAUAAAGUAAUUAGUGCUGUACUCAAACUCAUAAUUGCACUGCCUAUUUGAGUUUUCAAUCACGAAAUGUUGAUUCCAGCUAGUUUUUUUGUUGAAAAUGGUGUCUGUCUCUCCCUGUAACUCGUUUCUUUUUUAUCUUUUCUUAUCUCUCUUUCUAAUUAUUUAGACAAAUUAAAAUCACUAGCACUGAAAUCAUAUCACUAAAUAUGCAAUAGUACUAAAACAUACUACAGAGUGAAAGAUCAUAUAAAUAUCUGAAUGCUGAUACGUACUGCCUUUAUUUCUUCAAAAAUCUUUUUAUUUUGAUUUUCAAAUGCCAUGAAUUUCAUCAAUACGCACAUCAACAUGUAUAUGUGUACAGCCGCCAUAAUAAAUCAUUAUUUGUCUAAUGA